AUGUAAACUUAAAGUUCAUUUAAUAUAGACAAUCCUAAUACUCUUCUGUAAAAGGAAAUUCAAUCGAAGAAUUAACUGAUUUUUGGAAUUGUUCUAGCAAGUUGCUUAAGUCUCAUAAUUAUCUUUACACCAUAGCGCAAUUAUGUUCCAAAUUACAUCUUAAAUCAAAGAAAUUCUUAUGAUUCUUAAGAUUAAUUAUGUAUAUAUUAAUUUUCUACAUAACCUACAAAUUGUACACAGAUUUAAGCCAAUAUUACUUAAGUUACAAUUGAUGUAAAUGAUAACAAUUCAACACAUAUCCUGAUACUUGAUGAAUUAUAUGUUUCAAAUAUAAUAACUAUUCAAAUGGUACUAUUAUUUUUUCAAAUUUAUAUUCAACAAGUGUAAAGAUAACUGAAAAACUUAUUUAGCAUUCAGAAUCUUAGAAAGUGUAAAUGAAUCUUGCAAUAAUCAAGAUUGUGGAACUUACAAUGAAAUUCAAAUUAGAUAAAACUAAUGGAUAAAUAUAAAAAAUUUAAUUUCUAAAUGGUUUAGAUGGUCUUUUGCUUUAAGACUUGUUUUGAAAUAUCUAACACUUAGGUCCAAAUGUUGA